AUGUCUCUAGAUAACAGCUUUGAAAAUAUAGAAGAAUUUAUGCUCUCCUUCUUUAAUGAAGUGCAAAACGAAAAUUAAAAGGAAGGCCAAUAUGUUUUAGACUCAAUUGUUUAGGAAGAAGAUUUAAGGCCUUAACUCUAAACUCCAAAAAGCAAUGGGAAAGCUUAUCGAUAGUUGUUUGAAAUUGUUUAAAGAUUAAAUGAUAUUAAUUGGGUGGAACCAUAUACAAAAAUUACUCCUAUUAAGCACUUUACUCCAAUCACCUUUUGGUUUAUCAUUUGUUCUCAAUACUUCUAAAAAGAUGUAGAUCCUAAAAGAAUUAACAUAGAAGAGGAAAUCACACUUGAUUAAAAGGAUAAGGAGUCUCGUCCAUACACAUAUUUCGACGAUUGGUUCAUUUUGGAAAUGAGAAAAAUAGUAAACUUUAAUCUAAGAUAGAUGGUUAAAAGAAUUAUCACCCAAAAAUGA